UCAUAAUAUUGUAUUCUGUAUACCCGUUUACGUUCGUAAUCAAUACCAAAAGUGAAUAAAAAAAUGAAAAACCCACAUUUUUGUUGCCACAAAGGAGAAGGAAAACCCAAGCGAAAAUUCAAACACCAGAAAGGUCCUCACAUGAAAAACUACGGAAACGAUGAAAAACAGUUGUUAUUCGAACUGUUCAAACAUUUUCUGAAAACGAGGUUGGAUGGAGAACAAAGAAACCAGGAAAGCCAUCAAGAAGAAAACUCUCAAGUUGCCGAACAAUGCCAAGCAUCUGAAGAAGUUGAAAUUGUGAAUUCGGACGAAGAGCACUGCGAACGGCCAGGAAGAAAGCAGAAACAUUGCGGAAAAUUCGGCCCUUUCAAAAGAGGUAAGCAUCACAAACACUGGGGAAAGCACCAUCAUGGACAUCACAAAAUGAUGGGUCAUCACGGACCCCACCAUCAUCAUCCACACCACGGUAUGCACCACCAUCAUGGUUUCGGCGGACACCACAAGUGUUGAAGGCGCAUCCACCAUAUGUUCAAUUGGUUUAAUGGAAUAACGGCAUAUAAGCUUUUUAUUUAUGAUUAUGUUCCUUUUAUUCGAAAAGUAUUAUUCAUAAGAAUGGAAUAUCGAGGCAAUAAUUCAAUGACGUGUUUGUGAUGAACAGCAUAUGAAGUUUGGCGUAUUCUCGAUAUUUAUAAUUAUAUUUUAAGCACAUGUUUAUUUUUAUUAGAAUGUCAUGGGCUUAUAGUUAGUUGCUUUAGUUAUUGUGAGGAGAGAUAGGUAAACUGUAGAGUUUAAGAUUAUAUACAGGGUUUUUCACCAUUUUAUUAACAAUUUGUUAUCACAUAAGCAAAUAUUUUUAAAUUUGUAACGAUAAUUAUUUAUAAAUACAUUGCAAAAAUAUAGAUGUUUUAUUCGAA